UUCUGCUUUGCGCUGUUUAUUUCAGUAGCUGAAGCCUACAGCUUGCUGGGGAACACUACUGCCUUCAUGGCUCUAACCCUACUGGCUCCGGGUGGGUGCGCUCGAUUAUGGGCGCCGCGCCCUGCGCCCAUUAGACAUAGAGUCACUACGUUCGCUACUCUAUCCUCUCCUGGAGGUCAUGCCGUGGACUGGGUUGAAGCAACUUCGAGCUUUUUCGAACAAGACGCGAGGCCCAUCAUGUUGUUUGAUGGUGUAUGCAACUUGUGUAACGGAGGUGUGAGGUUUGUGAGUGAAAAUGAUCGAAAUAGGAGAAUCAGGUUCGAACCUCUCCAAAGCGAUGCAGGCAAAAAAUUACUUAGGAGGUCAGGGAGGGCUCCUGAUGAUAUCUCCAGUGUUGUACUUGUUGAAAAGGAUAGAUCAUACAUCAAGUCAGAAGCUGUGCUGAAGAUAAUGGAUUACAUAGAUAUACCAUUUCCCCAGUUAGCAUUUGUUCUACAGUUUGUGCCGCUGUUCAUAAGGGAUUUUGCAUACGAUAACGUGGCAGACAACCGUUACACAUUUUUCGGCCGCUCAGAAUCCUGUGAGAUAUAAACAGCUAAAUUCAUUGUACUUAGCCUAUGUUCUAUAUAUUGUAAAGUCCAGAAAUAAUAUUACCCCAGGAGGUUAACCAUUUAUUGUUUUGUCUGAAUGGAAUGAAGGUAUAUUCAUGUUUAUGAAUAAAAAAACUUGUGUAUAA